AAGAUCUAAACGCUCACAACAUCCCCACAAACACUCACAAGCCCGCGAGCAACGAUGAGAACACGAUCACGUGAAGGGACGGGUGGAGGAGAACCCGCGGAAGCGGAAGCAUUGGUCUCGCUCCCCCUCCAGCCGCCACGAUCUAGCAAGAAGAGGAAGGCCGCCAAUAGCGGCAGUGGUCCUAGUACUCCUGCAGCAACGAAAAAGUCCAAGGAAGUGGCCACCAGCCUUGAGCCACCCGCACCGACCGCGCUUGAGGCUACCACGCCCGGGAAGGCAGGGGAAAAGGAGGGGGAAAGUGGAAGCAAAACAAAGAAAUCCGCGUUGAAGGCAGGAGAGCACAACGUCGCGGCUGUUGGGGGUAAGGAGGGCCAGUCGCUGGGCAAGGACAAGGAUGGGAAGAGAGCAUACGAUGGGCCAAUCACGGCUGUUGACCGGAUGGGGGUAGCGCCGAAGGGGAGAUGCGUGAGCGGAAGGGACUGGAAAGUCAGGAAUCAAUCGCAAAGGGCGUCCAUGCAACGGACGACAGCAACCAAAACGCUGUCCAGCUCCUGGGCGAAGAAGCUCGAGAUCAAGGCCAAGCGGCAGGCGAUCAUGGCCAUGGAGAAGGAGAUGAGGGACGCAAAGCUCCAGGAGAUCGAGGACAAAAAGCAAGAGAAGCUGGAAAGGGAAAAGCGGAGACAGCAGAACGAGAUGAAGAACACCACGUACCAGACGAUAUCGAAGACGCACAAGAUGAAGACGAUGAGCAAGAAACAGCUCAGGCAGAUCAAGAAGAGGCAGAUCAACUCCCGCACGGGCGAGGUCGAGUUCGUUAGCCCAUGGGGGGGUGGAAAAAAGAAGUAGGGACAGCGGUCGUGAACAAGCCAGGCGCCGGCUGCUGAACGAGGGCGGUGAAUUUUCUCUGGCCUUUCUGUUGGGUUUUUAUUGCGCCGACACAAAGAAGAUAACUUGGAUCGUGCUGCAUUUUCGAGGCGUGGGUUGUAAGCCGGCUUUACAAGUAGCAUCUCUGGGUGGUACUUCUUGCCUUGAUAUUUUAGGGCUUGGCAGCUGACAGAAGAGGAGGUCAGCUCCUAAAUGGGAUAUAUUUUGAAAGGGUCAGCUCAUACAUCGGAUAAAUUUUGCGUUGCGAACAUCCUCCGGCUCGUGCAAACGCUGACCGUUUGUGUUUUGAC